CCUCCGAGAGCAGCAGAAAGAACCAAACGCUUUUUACUCUCGCCCUGCUGAUGGACACAGACAGGUUUUUCUUUACCUCCUGAAAUCUCCUUUCUAUAUUUGAACUGUGCUUUUUUAAAUGGUGAGGUUCAUGUGUCGGAGAAGUCUUUUCUCUCAGCACCACGAUGCCUGUGAGACGCGGUCAUGUUGCGCUCCAGAACACCUACCUAGACACCAUCAUCAGGAAAUUCGACGAGCAAAAUCGCAAGUUUCUGAUCGCGAAUGCUCAGAUGAAGAACUGUGGCAUCAUCUACUGCAAUGAAGGCUUCUGCCAGAUGUUUGGCUUUACCAGGGCGGAGAUCAUGCAACAGCCCUGCACCUGCCAGUUCCUGGUGGGGCCCGGCACCAUGAAGAGCGCCCUGGCCCAGCUGGCCCAGGCCCUGCUCGGCUCUGAGGAGCACAAGGUGGAGAUCCUGUACUACGCCAAGGAAGGGACCUGCAGACCCUGUCGGGUGGACAUUGUCCCUGUGAAAAAUGAGGAAGGCUUUGUCAUCAUGUUCAUCCUCGACUUCCAGGAGCUGAUUGAUCCCACACUCAAAAAAUCUGGCCUCAGGCAGAGAGUAACCCAAGGAUGGAUUUACUGUCAGAAUCGCCGGCUGAAGAUGAGGCUGCCAGUGCUGCGUUCCAUGCGACAGGCAUCACUUUCCAAAGAUCAGUUUGAAGGGGUCGUAGUGGAUUACCUGCAGCCGGACAGUGAAGAGUUUCCUUUGAAAGAGUUCCGUAUCCCAUCCAAGGAGAGCUGCAUGCAGUCUGAGACAGAAGCUCUGAUAGAACAGGACCUGGAUCCUCCGUCUCCAGAAGCCCAGUGCUCCACCAAGCACUGCGCCCUGCUGACGGACCGCCUGGACCCCGGCAUCGCCUUCCCCCGGGGGACUGUACCUCGGAGCUGCUCCAAGGACAGUGUGUGCAGCCUCCGACGCGCCUCAUCGCUGGACGACAUCGAAGGGAUGAGGGCAGAGUGGAGCAGUCGACCUGGAGACCCUCGAACUAACAGCAAUCUGAAGGCCGGCACUCUGAACUCCACGUCAGACUCGGAUUUGAUAAGACACCGGACCAUCGGCCGCAUCCCUCAGGUGACCCUCACCUUCGGCUCAGAUCGGAUGAGAGCUCCUUCGCCCACGGAGAUCGAAAUCAUCGCACCCAGCAGGAUGAAAGACCGCACCCAGAACGUCACCGAGAAGGUCACUCACGUCACACAGGUGUUGUCUCUCGGUGCUGACGUGCUGCCAGAGUACAAGCUCCAGGCCCCACGCAUCCACAAAUGGACCAUCCUGCACUACAGCCCAUUCAAAGCGGUGUGGGACUGGGUCAUCCUGCUGCUGGUCAUCUACACCGCAAUCUUCACACCAUACUCUGCUGCUUUCCUUCUCAACGAGGUCGAGGAACAGCGGAGGAGGACCUGCGGGUACACCUGCAACCCGCUCAACGUGGUGGACCUGGUGGUGGACGUCAUGUUCAUCGUGGACAUUCUCAUCAACUUCAGGACCACCUACGUCAACCACAACGACGAGGUGGUCAGCCACCCGGGUCACAUUGCACAGCACUACUUCAAGGGCUGGUUCCUCAUCGACAUCGUGGCCGCCAUUCCCUUCGAUCUGCUCAUAUUCCGCUCUGGAUCAGAGGAGCCCCAGACCACCACUCUGAUUGGUUUACUGAAGACAGCCAGGCUGCUGAGGUUGGUGCGAGUGGCCAGAAAGCUGGACCGUUACUCUGAAUAUGGAGCCGCCGUCCUAUUCCUUCUCAUGUGCACCUUUGCCCUCAUCGCUCAUUGGCUGGCCUGCAUCUGGUACGCCAUCGGCAACGUGGAGCGCCACAGCUCUAUGCACAUCGGCGGCAUGAAGAUCGGCUGGCUGGACAACCUGGCUGACCAGAUCGGCAAAAACUACAAUGACAGCGAUGCGUCCUCAGGGCCCUCCAUCAAGGACAAGUAUGUCACCGCUCUGUACUUCACCUUCAGCAGCUUGACCAGCGUGGGCUUUGGGAACGUCUCGCCCAACACCAACCCGGAGAAGAUCUUCUCCAUCUGUGUCAUGCUCAUUGGCUCUCUGAUGUACGCCAGUAUCUUCGGUAACGUGUCAGCCAUUAUCCAGAGGUUGUACUCAGGCACAGCCCGCUACCACACCCAGAUGCUGCGGGUCAAAGAGUUCAUACGUUUCCAUCAGAUCCCAGGAGGACUGAAACAGCGGCUGGAGGAGUACUUCCAACACGCCUGGUCCUACACCAACGGCAUCGACAUGAAUGCUGUUCUAAAGGGUUUCCCUGAGUGUCUUCAGGCUGACAUCUGCCUCCAUCUGAACCGCAGCUUGCUUCAGAACUGCAAAGCCUUCAAGGGCGCCAACAAGGGCUGCCUGCGCGCUUUGGCCAUGCGAUUCAAGACCACCCACGCUCCCCCGGCGGACACUCUGGUCCACAGUGGGGACAUUCUCACCGCCGUCUACUUCAUUUCCAGAGGAUCCAUCGAGAUCCUCAGGGACGACGUGGUUGUGGCAAUACUGGGAAAGAACGACAUCUUUGGUGAACCCAUCAGUCUCUAUGGCAGACCAGGGAAGUCCAGCGCUGACGUCAGAGCCCUGACUUACUGCGACCUGCACAAGAUCCUGAGAGAUGACCUGCUGGAAGUGCUGGACAUGUAUCCCGACUUUGCUGACGUGUUCUGGAACAACUUGGAAAUCACCUUCAACCUGAGAGAUGCAGACAGAAUAAACCAGCCCACCCCGAGCAGGGACUCUGAAUGUGGCUACCGCCGGACAAGGCAUCGAAGAAGCUCCCUGCGGCGCCGAAACCGUCCAGACGGGAUGGACCGUGAGGACUCUUACCCCGAUCAGUCCUGUACAAUGGCAAACCACCACCAGAGCGCGAUGGCAGGAGCCCACUGGGAUGAUCUCUGCAGCAGCACCAGUAUCUGUUCACAGUCUAGUGAUGAGGAGAUGAAGCCCAUGAGACACAGCAAAGGGGAGCUGUACCCCCCCACAGGUGACGCCAGAGACUGUCCCCCAGCAGUGGUCAACAUCCUGCCUCACAGUGGACCCUCUGCUGGGGUGGGACCGCCCGUAGACCGCGGAGGACCACCGUUAUCAGCAGCAGCAGCAGCAGCAGCAGCACCACCACCAAUCAGCAUCUCAGGGUUGUAUGGCUACUGGCCGGGCCGCAAACCCUCUGAAGGACAGAGACCGACGUCAGCAGUCAGGGCCAGUUGCCACCCACCGCCGUGCGCUGAGGAUCGGCCCAGUGAGCUGGAAUCCAGACUGGAGCUGCUGCAAUCGCACUUAAAUCGGCUGGAGACGCGUAUGACGGCAGAUAUCAACGUGAUCCUGCAGCUCCUCCAGCGACAGAUGGCCCCGGUGCCUCCAGCCUACAGCGCUGUGUCCCCCAGCCCUCACCCAACUCACCCCACCACCCUGUACAGCACAGGGCCGCCCACAGUUCACGCUGUCCCCCCAGUCCAGCCGGUGCAGAUCGACAGCACUGCCUCACUGCUGCAGAGUCCAGACUCUGACUGUAAGCACAAAUCCAAGGACUCCCUGUCGAGUGGGAUCCAUCUCACUGUGGCCUCUGAUGACACCAUGUCAAUGUCACCGGAGGCGGACCCACCACACCUGCCCACCAUGGACCCCUCCACUCCUCAACUGUCAGGGAUCAACAAGCCUCCUGGACUGUUAUGUGGCAGCCAGCGCUUCCCCUCCCUCCCCGAGCACCUGGAGACCUCCACCGAGAUGCAGGAGAUCCAGAGGCACGUCUCUGACCCUGUCUUGCCAGGCAGCUAGAGAACUCCACCAUCACCACCAGCAAAAAAGCCUGGUCCUUUGGACUGAAUGGCCACAUGUUCCCCAGAUGGUUACUUCUUUCUACCUUCUUUAAAAUCUUCUCUGUCCUCUUCAGAUGCUGCUGAAUAGCAUGGGAAACUUCGGCUCCCCCCUUCAAUGAGGUUUCGGAGCGCCUCCUGUUUCUUAGGGACUCAACGCUGCCUUCAAAGGCUGCUGGGGUUUUGUGCUCCAGCAUCUCUUCACUCGUGAAUGAAGAGAUUAUUCCUGCCCUGCUGGGCCGGGAAUUUUAUGAAACAUGAGUUGAGAGUAAGCGCAGGUUCAUACACAAAAAUCAGGCAAUCAACUGCAUCCUAGGCCGAGGUUUCCUUGAAGAGAGGGGAAAUGACAAGGACUCAUGUGUUUCACGUGUGAAGAGUUAUCUGCUUUCACUUUGUUAAAGAGUUGCACAAUUAGAUUAUAGACAACAAUCAUUUAUCUUGUACUGAAAUUAUUUUCAUAAUAUUAGAGAUGUGUUAGUAACAUUAAGAGCCAUACGUAACUAUGAGUGUAAAAAACUCCCCGUUGUUUUUAAUGAGUGUUGAAAAAAUAUCAAAAGGCAUAACCACAACUGUGAACGAUGGAGGUUCACGGCUGUAUUAGAAAGAAUACCAAUUUUCAUCUCAUGUUUCAUGCUCGGACAUUUUUACUCAGCAGUUCUUGUUGGGUGUGACAUUUGUACUCGAGAGGGUUUCUACAACUCACAGUCAAGCAGAGAAACACUCACACUUAGCUGGUCGAUCAUGGCUGCUUUGAUCGGUUUUCCCCCGGUUUCUUUUUUCUGUUACUGCACUGAUCAGCUAAAAUGUGUCAGACGUCUUCAUGGCGCGGUAACGUGGUUUCACAAAAAACAGAUACUGUACUGGACUGUGAUAUUUAACACUGCUGAGGGUCCUGUGAUUGGUAAACGUCAAUCAAGGGCAUCCUUUGUGGAGAGGAAGUAACAGUUCCAACACUGAGGUGAAUGUAAUGCCUUUGUAAGCAUUUAUAAUUCUGUAUGUUGUUUCUGGAAGCACAAAUUUCUGUUAUUUAUCUUUGAUUAAAGACACUGCAGAUUUACAA